UUUUUCCACGUUACUUACUGGUUACUGCAGCAAGUCUUGACUCAGGUGCACAUGCUAAGUCAACAGCCAGAAAUAACAAUCAGUAUUGCAAGGUUCCAUAUUUAGUUGAAUAAUAGUUAAAAAAAUGGAACCCGUAACAGUAGGAAUUGAAACGUUAGAGGUUAAUGGAGACAAUACACAAGAGGAUGUUGUUACCCCUUGGACUGUUGAAAGUACUAAUGAGACAGGAAUAGAUUAUGAUAAAUUAAUAAAGCGGUUUGGCAGUUCGAAAGUAGACCAGGAACUACUGGACCGAUUUGAAAAAAUAACCGGCAAACCAUGUCACCAUUUCUUGCGUCGUGGUAUAUUUUUUUCACACCGUGAUAUGCAUACAGUAUUGAAUUUAUACGAGCAGGGCAAGCCGUUUUACUUGUACACAGGAAGAGGGCCUAGUUCAGAUGCAAUGCACGUUGGACACAUGAUCCCAUUUGUCUUUUGUAAAUGGCUCCAAGAGGUGUUCGAUGUUCCGCUGGUAAUACAACUAACCGACGAUGAAAAAGCAAUCUGGAAAAAUUUAAAGGUAGAAGACGCGAUAAAACUAGCCCAUGAGAACGCCAAGGAUAUAAUAGCCUUUGGCUUUGACGUCAAAAACACAUUCAUAUUUUCCAAUCUAGAGCAUAUCGGUACUAACCCAGCGUUUUAUCAAAAUAUGAUAAGAAUACAAAAGUCUGUGACAUACAAUCAAAUCAAAGGGAUAUUUGGAUUCGGUGACAGUGAUCCAGUUGCUAAAAUAGCCUUUCCACCAACUCAAGCAGCUCCAGCAAUCUCUAGCACGUUUCCUUUUAUUUUUAAAAAUGAUAAGUUGCCUUGCUUAAUUCCUUGUGGCAUUGAUCAGGAUCCGUACUUCAGGAUGACUAGAGAUGUUGCUCCCAAAAUGGGCUUCCCCAAGCCAGCAUUGCUGCACUCUUCAUUUUUCCCAGCAUUACAAGGAUCCCAAACGAAAAUGUCUGCCAGUGAUGUAAAUUCGGCAAUAUUUUUGACGGAUACUCCUAAGCAAAUUAAGAGUAAAAUAAACAAACAUGCGUUUUCUGGAGGACAAGCAACUGUUGAAGAGCACAGGAAACUCGGCGGCAAUUGUGAUAUUGACAUUUCUUACCAGUGGCUAAGAUUUUUCCUCGAGGAUGAUGAUAAACUGAAUGAACUCAAAACGAAUUACACCAGCGGAGCUUUACUGACCGGAGAGUUGAAACAAGAAUUGAUAAAGAUACUCCAAGAGGUUGUCAGCUCACAUCAAGAGAGGAGAAAAAACAUUACUGAUGAUCUAGUGAAAGAAUUUAUGAAGCCGAGAGAUCUAGGUUUCUCUUCGAAAAAAUGUGUUUAAUUGUGAUUAAAUUUAAUUUUAUUUAGCGGGAAGCUUUUUCGCACGAACUGAUUAAUAUUCUUUUUCUUACUUAAUAUUUAUAAAAUUAAUAUUUAUUUAAAAGGCAUUUUGAUAGUCAAAAUUUUUUUCAAUUGCAAUAGAACAUUUAUAAUACAGUGUAUAAAAUACUAUUUUUCUUGAUAAAUUUUUUUGUACUGUAAAUAUCACGCAUUACAUGCAAUGCUUUGUACAUGAAAUAAACAAUAUAGUUCCAGAUAAAUAAACACGCUUUACAA